AUGCGCUUGACCCGCCAAGAGGGCAGCGGCGGCAGGAUGGCGCUGGAGGUGGAGCGCGUACUGCGGACGCCGCAGUUGCAGCCCGUGUACGCGCUGCACUACUCGCUUAGUCGCGUCUGUGUGGCAGCUGGCAACACGAUCACUGUGUGGCCAAAUGGAGGGGACGAAGGGGCUCCGCUGACGUGGCAGGCCCACAGCCACAACAUUUCGUGCCUGGACGUGGAUUUACUGCGACGAGUUAGGACUGCUUGUGUCGAGCUGAUGGAGCCUAAGCUCGAACUGCAGUACUUCAACUUUUCCGCCCCCGACAACGGCACGCUGUUCAUCCUUCUGUCCAUGUUUAUCGCGUUUGGGUACGUCUUGGCUGCGAGUGCGUUGGACGCGAUGGUGGUCGAGACGCCCAGCGAGAACCUGUUGCAAUGCGCGGCCGCAUCCAGGAUCCAGACCGCCCAUCUACGUCGUGCGCUCGCUCGCUGGCAUCCUCGCAAGAUCAUCGUGAUGGGCCAUCCGAUCAACGUCCAUGGCUUGUGCCGGCAGCUGAAGAUGGGGUUUGCCUUUGGGGACGCAGCAAAAACAACCAACUCCAACGACGCCAACUUGCACGCGUACACGAAAUGUACACUUACGUGA